CAAAAAAAAAAAAGUAACAAAAAACCCCACAAUCAAAUCAGGAGUGCCGGGAAAAAAAAAAACUAAUGGGUGCGGAAGGGAAAGUGAAGACGGUUUGUGUCACCGGUGCAUCUGGAUUCAUCGGGUCAUGGCUCACCAUGAGGCUGCUCGAGCAAGGCUACAUGGUUCGAGCCACGGUUCGCGACCCCGGUGACGAGAAGAAAGUGAAGCAUCUGGUGGAGCUGCCGAACGCAAAGACCCACUUGACGCUGUGGAAAGCCGACCUCUCCGUCCCCGGCAGCUUCGACGACGCCAUCCAAGGCUGCUCCGGCGUCUUCCACGUCGCCACUCCCAUGGAUUUCGACUCCGCCGAUCCCGAAAAUGAAGUGAUAAAGCCCACGGUGGACGGGGUAUUGGACAUCAUGAAGGCCUGCGCCAAGGCCCAAACCGUGAGGAGGAUAGUGUUCACCUCGUCUGCCGGCACCGUCGACGUGGAAGAGCACCAUAAGUCACUCUACGACGAGAACGAUUGGAGCGAUUUGGAGUUCAUCCAACGAGUCAAAAUGACCGGAUGGAUGUAUUUCGUGUCGAAGAGCUUGGCAGAGAAAGAGGCGUGGAAGUUUGCUAAGGAGAACAACUUGGAUUUCAUUAGCAUAAUACCAACUCUGGUGGUUGGGCCAUUCAUUAUGCAGUCCAUGCCUCCCAGCCUCAUCACAGCUCUCUCCCUCAUUACAGGAAACGAAGCGCAUUAUUCCAUAAUAGAGCAGUGCCAUUUCGUGCAUCUGGACGACCUUUGCAUGUCCCACAUCUUCCUGUUCGAGCAUCCAGAAGCACAAGGGCGAUACAUCUGCAACACCGACGACAUCAAUAUUUACGAGCUUGCCGAAUUUCUCAAGGAGAAGUACCCCGAAUACGAUAUCCCGUCAGGGUUUGAGGGGAUCGAUCGAGGCCAGCUGAAGAAGGUGAAUUUCUCGUCGGAGAAGCUGAAGAAGUUGGGGUUCGAGUUCAAGUAUGGGCUGGAGGAGAUGUUUCGAGGAGCUGUGGAUACUUGUAGGGAAAAGGGUUUAAUUCCAUUGAGUUCCAAGAAGGGAAGAGAUGAGGAGGAGGAGAAGUUGGUCUCAGAAAAAGCCGUUGUUGGUGGGAAGAUUUGUGCUGAAACUGGAGCUGUGACUGCUUAAUUGGAAUUCUAAGUGUAGUGCCAAAAUGAGUAAUUUGUUUGGCUUUAUAAUUUGGUGGGUUGGGGAUGCAUGCUGGUUCAAUCAUUUUGGUUUCACUUUUCGCCUGAAUGAAUAAUACAACAGAAAUUCAGAGGGAAUAUAAUUAAGUUUCCAAGUAAUAGAUGAAUUUUUUUUUUCCUGAGAAUCUACAAAUAAUUAUAAGACAAUGUAAAAAAUAAUUAUGUUUAUACCAACAUAGUUAUUUUGAAUUAUAUUUUUCGUCAACAAUUAUUAUUUAGGUAUCAAAAUACAAACUACAUGUACUAGUAUAAUUUUUGACAUAUCAAUGAAUCCAAUACAUGAAUUCAGCAAUACAAUUGAAUUAAAUUUAAAUUAAUUGGACUAGUAGGAUUUUUAGGAGAUGAUUUGGACUUUAUAGUAACAUAAUGUGGUGGAGAGUGGAGAGCUGCCUGAUAGACCGUUAAUUACACAUGUUUUCACCCCUGUUCUUACACCGUUUGAGAUGUGGUUUCUCGUGUUUUAGACCGAUUUCACGCUAGGUUGUGCUUGUUUGUGAUAUUUCAGGUCCUGGCAAGUGAAUGAAGGUUUAGGAGCGAGUUCGGGGUCGAUUGGGCGAAGAUCGGGCGCGAGGCAAGUCACAAAGGAAGCUGCACGGGCACACCCACAACCCGCACGGCCGUGCAAUUGAUCAGUUUGGCCGUGUGGGAUUGUGCGAGAGCAAACACGGGCAGAGCAGAAAAUCCACACGGCCGUGCAAGUGAUCAGUUUGGCCGUGUGGAAUUCUGCGAGGCUUCACACGGCCAGGCUGGGUGAGCUGCACGGCCGUGCGACCCUGGCCGUGUAAGAAGCCCGGAAUUCAACUAAGUGAUACGCUGCGUUUUGACUCGCACGGGCAACUGGGUGAGCCACACGGCCGUGCGGCCUGCCUGUGUGAGUCGGGAAUUGCUGGUUAAAACCCGAUUUUCAGCCAAAGGAAAGGGGAGAGCUGGGUUUUGGAUCCCAAACACCCAAGCGAUGAACCAAAGAGAGAAAGGGCGAUCUGAAGGCAUUCUAAGAGUGGAAUUGGAGGAUUACUUCGCCUUGGAAGUUCGAGGAACAAGCCCGGACUUGAAGACUGAUCAUCUGAAGAUUCUUACUGCAGUCUCUCUCUUCUCUAUGGAGUAACUUCCCUUCACUUAGGUUUUGAGGAACCCUAGCUAUGUUUGUUUGAUUGGAUGAUUGUAUGAGUACUCUGACUUGAUAAUCUUGAGUUCAUAUUCAAUCUAUGCAUGUUUUCAUGAUUCAAUUCUCCUUUAGUCGAGAUUAAUGAUUCGCUUUGAUCCUAUGAGAGGGAAUACCUGAUUAGGUCAACAGAGCACCAUAGAUUGAUAGUAGUGGAUCGAUUGCUUUAGUCGAGGGUUGAUUCACUGCUUUGUAUCGAUUGAGAACCUCUUUCGAUAGAGGGAGUCUAGUUUAGAACGCCUUGAUCAGUUGUUCUAGAGAAGGAUACGUCCCUCUAGGCAAUUGACUCAAGAGGGCCUUGUUCCUUUAGUCGAGACUCAAGGUCUAGUCAAGGAUUCUCCGCAUUGUGAAUGAAAGUGAAACAAGUUGGAAAUCAUCAAUCGUUAAUCUGGCUAGUGGCUAGGGGGAAUCAUACCUAAGUGAGUUCCCAACCUGUAAUUAGAUGAACUUUAACUGUAGUUUGCUAGAGUAGUUUUAGUUCUUUCAUCUUAAUCUGGUUUGCUAAAUAAUAAACUGAAGCUGAGUAA